AUGUCUGCGGAGACACCUCCAUUCCACACACCGUCCGCGUCCGUCCCGCCGUCCGCCCUCCCCAGCCGAUCCGGCACUCCUCUCAUGGACCGUACGAACGGCACGAACGGCAUGGACCGUGUCGGGAGCACGGGCACGCUGCGCACAAUGGUGCCCUCGUACUCGGCAUCGCAGGCUACGCUGCACAACGGCACCAACGGCACCAACGGCGUAAACGGCACCAAUAACGCCAAUGGUAACACCACCAACCGGCAGUCCCUCCCGCCCUCGGGACUGGGCGGGAUCCAAGAAAAGGAGAAGCCGUACAGCGUCCCGAACCCGCCGCCAGCGACGCACACAGUGCAGCUGGACACGGAGCCGAACCGCGUCCUCGUCGCGGGCAAGGACCAGACACCUGGCGAAGUCGAUCCGGCCCUGAAGCCGCCCAAAGUCAACAAGAAGCUCGAGUAUGUCAUCAAGCCCAUGGCCAUUGCGGCGACUGUGCUCCUCAUCGUGCUCUGGGCCACGGCGCUGUGGAUCUUCGGCUGUAACCAUAAUGCCCAGCACAGGGCUUACAAACUCAAGGUCCGCGUGCGUGACUUUGACGGCGGCGUCGUCGGCCAGACCUUGAUCUCGACACUGAACUCGAUGCGCACCAAGGAAGCGCCGGGGUGGGAAAUCAUGGACGGCGACAUCACCGAUGUCGUCGAGUCGGUCUGGGACGGGACGUACUGGGGCGCCUUGGUCGUUAAGGAGGGCGCCUCUGCGGCGCUGCAGCAAGCGCUCGCAAACCCGACAGCGGGGGACUACGACCCAAAAUCAGCCAUCACCAACUACCUCACGGGCGCGCGAUACUUUACCACGUACUCUUCCUACAUCCGGCCCGCGAUCACGCAGGCGCUGGCGGAAGUGUCCGCCAAGAUGAGCGGGUACGCUGCGAACGUGGCGCUGGGGCAGAACACGGGUGCCAACAGUGCGGAGCAGAACGAGGCGCUGGCUCGACUCAUCGCGCAAGCUGUCGGAUUCACCGAGACGGACAUGGCGCCGCUGCCGUUCCAGUCGCGUGUGUUCAUCAACACCUUUGGCGUCGUCGUGCCCAACCUCGCGACCUUCUUCUUCAACAUGAUCAUCAUGGGCGUCUUCACCGAGGCAGGCGUGUACUCGCACCCGACGACCAUGUUCAAGCUGACACGGGCCAAGUUUGUCCUGAAAGUGGUGUGGUGUGUGCUCGCGUCUCUCAUCAUGACGAGUGUCAACUUCAGUUUCAGGGAGGACUACACGUACCCGGCCAAGAACUUUUUCGCGCUCUGGACCGACACGCUCUUCUACUGCUGGAUCAACUUCAACAUCUUCGGCACCAUCCUCGCGUACCUCCCCAUCAAGUUCAUCAUGUACUUUGUCUUUCCCAUCAUCGUGACCAGUGUCGCGGCGGCCGUCUUCCCCCCCGAAGUCGGGGACAUUUUCUACAACAUCUCGUACAUCUUCCCCUCGCAUGCCUACUGGGCCAUCGCGAUCACGAUCUGGGGCAAGGGGUGCUGCAACCGGCUCUCGACGUAUUGUCCCGUCGUCAUGGCCUGGGUCAUCUUCACGGAACUCAUCUGGCUCAGCGGCGACUGGCACCUGAGCCGUAAAUCACGGGAAGGCGCCGGCGUGCCCCCUCCCCCGCCUGACGGGGGCGACCCGAUUACAGAGAUUGUCUUCCCCGAAGAGGAGAUCCCGGGCGAUACCAGGCCGCUCUCGAGGAGUCUCUCGGCGCGCAUCGCGAGUAGGACCAGGAGCCCCACGUCGUUUGGCUCCCCUGGCGGACCUGGAGCGCACGCACACCUGCCCCCCGGUGACAGUGUGCCGAGACAGUACCGCGUGCCGGUGUGGCAGGACUCGUCCUCGACGGUGCCGUCGCAGCAGAGCCAGGCCAGUCAACCGAGUCCAGGCAUCCAGCAGAGCCCCGGCGUACAGUCGAGCCCAGGCGUACAGACGUAA